GAGGAAUACUAAGAGUAAUGAACAUUAAAAUGGAAUGAAGUGGAGUCAGAAGGUCGAGUUUUAACAGUUUGUUCUUUGAAUCUCAAUGACUCUUUAUUUCUGGUGUGUUACAACAUUUUAAAGGAUCCUGUCUUUACAGCCUGCAGCUACAGCAUCUGAGAAACCUCCCUGAAACAAAUCCAGCUGUUCUCCAGUUUGUAACAGGAAGACUUCAGAGAUGGAGACCGCCUCAGAGGCUCUCUGCAGUCUGCACAAUGAGAAACUCCAACUCUUCUGUCUGGACCAUCAGCGGCCUGUUUGUCUCGUCUGCAAAGAGUCAGAAAACCACAGCAGCCACAGAUUCAAACCAAUCGAAGAAGCUGCACGGGAACUCUGGGAGAAGCUUUGGGAGUCUCUGGAACCUCUGCGGGAAAAGUUGGAUCUUUUUAAAAAGGUUGAAGAGGAGUUUAAUAUAACAGCAGAACACAUUAAAACCCAGAGACAUCACGCUGAGAUUCAGAUGAAGGAGCAGUUUAAGAGGCUUCACAGGUUUCUGGAGGAGGAAGAGGAGGCCAGGAUGUUUGCACUGAAGGACGAAGAGGAGGGAAAGAGCAGGAGGAUUAAUGAGAAGAGGGAGGCUAUGAGUGAAGACAUGAAAGAUCUGUUAGAAAUAAUCAGAGCUGCAGAAACAGAGCUGGAAAGUGAUCCAAUUUCACUCAAACAGAACCUUAAUGCUGAUGAAAACAAAGACACAGAGGACAAGCUAAGAGCUAAAGAUGCUACAGAAGACAAACUCAAAGCUAAAGAUGCCACAGAAGACAAACUCAAAGCUAAAGAUGCUACAGGCAACAUGAUAUUGGUCAAAGACACUUCAGAGGACAUACUAACAGCUAAAUAUGCAACAGAGGAAAAGCCAACUUCUGAAGACAGAACAGAAGACAUGCUAACAACCAAACACACUGAAGAGGACAAGCUAACAGCUAAAGAAGUUACCGAGGACAAGCUAAUAGCUGGAGACACCACAGACGACAAAUGUUUGACUAAAUAUGCAACAGUUGACAAGCUAACAGCUAAAGACGCUGGAAAGGAUAAGUCAACAACCAACUACGCUACAGAGGACAAGUUAGUAGCUAAAGGCUUUGAGGAGGACUGGGUAACAACUGAAAAGACGUCAGAUGACGAACUAACUGAGGAGAAGCUAAUAGCUAAAGAUACCACAGAGGACCAACAAUCAGAAGACGAGCUAACAGCUAAAUGUGUGACAAAGGAAAUGCUUAUAGCUAAAGACAGCACUGGGAAGAAGCUAGUAGCUAAAGACACUUCGGGUGACAUGCUAACAGAGGACGAACAAAUAGCUAAAUGGAUUUUGUCCCUACAGAAACACCUUGCUGUAAUGGAGAAGAUCAAACAGCGCCUCCUGCUGGAGGAUCCCAAACUCGGCCCAGGUGCUCUGAUAGAUGUAGCCAAACACCUGGGCAACCUGAGCUUCAACACCUGGGUCAAAAUGAAGGACCUGGUCUCGUACACGCCUGUGAUUCUGGACCCAAACACGUCUGAUCGAACGCUGAUUGUAUCCGAAGGUCUGACCAGCGUCAGGUGGGAAAAAGCUGAGCAGCGUUUACCUGAAAACCCAGAAAGGUUCGGUCUGUACGUGUCCGUCCUGGGCUCUGAGGGUCUGGACUCAGGGACUCACAGGUGGGACGUGGAUGCCGGAGACAACACGGAGUGGUUACUGGGAGUUUUGUCGGACUCGGAGCCGAGGAAAGGGAUCAUUCAGACCGGACUGUGGACUCUGUGGUUCUGUCAGGAUGUGUUCAGGAUUUCUUAUCCUCUUGAAGCCUUAACGGUUCUCCCUGUGAAGACCAGGUUCAGGAGGAUCAGAGUGGAUCUGGACUGGGACGGAGGGACCCUGUCUUUUUCUGAUCUGGAUACUAACACACACAUUUACACCUACACGGACACUUUCACCGAAAAACUGUUUCCAUACUUUAACACCUGGAAAGGACCGCCCAUGACGAUUUUACCAUCGAGAAUCUCUGUUACGACGAGUUGAUUUAAAGCUCCUGUGGGGAGU